AACGGUAGAAAACUAAAAUAAAAGUGAACAAUUUUGAGGUUAUGGAAAAUAUUUUAUUUUGAAGUUGAAGUUUUGCUUUUGCUAUUGAUAAAGAAUUUGUGUAUAAUUUGCAAACAAAAGAAUCAAAUAUGGCUUUAAAUCCAAGUAAUCAACUUUUGAAAUCAUUUUGCGGAUCGUGCAAUCCGUUCCGUAUCUUGGCAGCAUCCUAUCACCCCAAAGUGAUCGAUCACUACGAAAAUCCUCGAAAUGUUGGCUCUCUGGACAAAAACGACCAGAAUGUGGGCACCGGUUUAGUUGGGGCCCCAGCCUGCGGCGACGUGAUGAAACUCCAAAUUAGAGUUGACGAUGAUGGAAAAAUUGUUGAGGCAAAGUUUAAAACCUUUGGCUGCGGUUCUGCUAUCGCUAGCAGCUCUUUCACAACCGAAUGGGUCAAAGGAAAGUCAGUCGAUGAAGCAUUGAAAUUGAAAAAUACUGAAAUUGCUAAAGAGUUAUCUUUGCCUCCCGUCAAGUUGCAUUGUUCAAUGUUGGCUGAAGAUGCUAUAAGGGCAGCCCUUUCCGACUAUAAAAUCAAACAGAAGAAACCUGCAGAGGCUUAAGUUAGGGAUUGUAAUAUUACUUUUCAUAAAUGUAUCUAAAAAAUUUACAAUAUAAUUUGGAUACAUUUAUAAUAAAAUAAUAACGAAUGUGAUAUUUUUGGAAAGAUUGUAGUUGGAUUAAUGUACCUAUUUGUUCUGUCAAUAAAACAGUAACAAAUGAAAACUAUUAGUUUAUUUUGAAGACAAAAAAAUUAAAUAAAUAGGCUAAAAGUACUAUAAAAUCAAAGAUAAUAAAUCGAAUUAACAAGCUACCAGAGAAAAUAUCACUCUCUAGUAAAAUUCUCUAAUGCUACCUAUGCUUCUUUCCUCGAUUUUGAUUUGUUCGUAUUGUAAUGCACUUUUUAUCUAAAAACGUUAAUAGAUCCUAAAAAGGAUGAUUGAAUAAGUAUUUCAUUUGAAAUUAAUUGUUCAAAAAUACCUGGGCAUGAAAUUUAAAGCCUUGUUCCUUGAGUAACUCGUGCAAAGAUUCCAGAUGCAAAGGCUCGUAUAAAAGGAUAUUUUCCUUGAUUGUUGGAUUACAACUAAGAAAAUUAUGCCAGACUAUUUGUAACGGUACUCUGCAAGAUAGUAUUUUAGCAGAUUGUUUUCUUUCAAAAAUCAAGUUUUCCGGUUUUUC